AUGGAAGAGUUUGAGAUAUUAGAUUUCCAUGAAUUAUAAGUUGAAAAACAAGGAUUGGAUUAAGCAUCCAAAUUUUUAUAAAAGAAGAUACAAAAUGGAUUUAAAGUCAGUAUAGUAAUAAAAAAGUAACAUAACUUUGCAUUGCCUCCUUUGUAAUAAAAGAAAAAUGAUUUAUUCUCGAAACAUCAUUAACCAGUGGACCUAGUAAGACUUUGAUCGAAUAUUAGGUAAGCCAAAGUUCCGAGUUAACAGAAAACAAUGAUAAACAUGGUUCUUCAACAUCUUCUAAUUAAAGCAUAAAAAUAGCUAAAAAUUAAAUUAUCUCUCCUACCCCGAACGAAACACCUGAACAACAUCCGAAUGAAUAAAUUAGUCAACAAUCUGAGGACGAAGAGGUUUCAUUUCACAAAUCUAAGGCUAACAGUUUCGAAUUGUUACUUAAGAAUGAUUUGCUAAACUAAAAAUUAAGAACUAGUUUACAAUUUCUAAGAGAUGGUAAAUUUAAACUAGCAUUAGAAAGAAUGAUGGAAGUUUAUAAAGAGGGAAAUGAAAAAUUAAAACAAUAAGCCGAAAAAUUAUAAAUUUCAGCAAUUACAUUAGUAUGUGUUCAAUCACUCUGUUAUGCAACUCAGAUUCUCAAAGAACUAGGACAAAUCAAUGAAGCAUUAAAGUAACACAAUUUGUAUUUAAAAUAAGAUGUUUGGAUAAAUGUUUAAAUUAAUUUGAAAUUAAUGACUUUGAUGUACUCAGCAAAAUUUAUAUAGAAAAGGCAAAUCUAUAUUUACUCAAUAACCAAUAUCUAUAAUCGCUUGAUUACUAUAGAAAAGCAUUAAACUAUUAUGAAUAAGUCAAUUGGAAGUUAGACAUUGCCAAGUUACUAGUUAAGAUAUCUUUUGUCUAUGCUCUACUACGUACUCAUCACACAUUUAUUAUAAUAGAUGAUAGUGUAGAUGCCAAAAAGAUUUGCUAUGAAGGACUCUGAAUCUUAUAAAAUAAAUUAGAUCAUUUAGAUCCCAGGAUAUUUUAUACUUAUUACACUUUAGGUUGCAUCUAUUAUUUAGAAAAAGAGUAUGACUUUGCUCUCGAGUACUUGGAAUAAUCGAAGGAAGGAUUAAUCAAAUUGUAUUAAUAUUAUCACAUUAUAAUCUUAAUAGAUAUGGAGAAAAACAUGAAUAAUUAUAUAAAAUUAUGAAUCUACAGGGAGUCAUCUAUCAUCUAUAAGGCAGUAGCAUUAAUGCUAUAGAAGUCUAUGAAUAACUAGUCGCCUAUUGUGGGUAUUAAGACUGAAUAUUAUCAUUUAGUGACACUGAAUCUAUAGGUUUAGCAUUGAUUAUGAAUAACUUAGCUUUGGCUUACUUAGAUAGAAUGAAGUUUAAAAGUGCUAACUUGUUAUUUGCAAAGGCAGUUACUAUUUUAAAAUCAUAUUUCAAUGAAAAUCAUCCAGCAGUAUAAAGAAUAGAGAAAAAUAAGAUGCUUGUAGCAUCCGCUACUUUAUCUUAUAUUUGA